AUGUCGAAGCCAGAGAGCUUCCUGCAGCCAUUGCCCAAUCUGAACGUGGUCACGAAUGUGGAGAAGCUGGAUGCAGGAUUGCGGGGCCUGGACCACUACAGGACGAAGCUCCCAUUAUGGCGCUACAUACCUCGUCAACGACUCAUUCCUUUAGUACGCUGGGAGACACCGCAUUUAGCAGUCAUCCAGAGAAGCGUUCGAUCUCCAGCUCUUGACACGUACUUUUCAAUAACGGCGAACCUUGGAACUCAUACUUUCUUCAUGGUGUUCUUACCGAUACUCUUCUGGUGCGGCUACACAAGUCUGGGAAGAGGCAUGGUACACGUGCUUGCUUCAGGAGUCUUCUUUAGUGGCUUCCUCAAGGACAUGUGGUGUCUGCCGCGCCCGCUUUCGCCUCCUCUGAACCGGAUUACCAUGUCACGUUCCGCGGCUCUAGAAUACGGCUUUCCCUCGACUCACUCAACUAACGCAAUGUCUGUAGCAGUUUAUGCGCUCUUCAUGUUGCACGCCCCCGACUCAAGUGUACCUUCUGCUGUUACGAUUGGAUUGGAGGCCGCCUCUUGCUGCUAUGCUGUCUCUAUAGUAUUUGGACGACUCUACUGUGGCAUGCACGGAUUCUUCGAUGUACUCGUCGGCAGUGCACUAGGUGCUUCACUUUCCAUUGUUCAAUGUCUAUAUGGUGACAGCUUUGAUCAUUUUAUACAUACCGGGUCUUUCAAGGCGCCCACAGUAGUCAUUCUAAUCAUUCUGGUCCUCGUACGCAUCCAUCCAGAGCCGGCUGAUGACUGCCCAUGUUUCGAUGAUAGCGUCGCAUUUGCUGGAGUUAUGAUCGGCGUUGAAUUGGGCAAUUGGCAUUUCGGUCGGAGCGGCCGUGCUUGGAACGAGCCCGUUCUUGCAACCGUGCCAUUCGAUCUCGAAGCUCUCGGCUGGCCCAGAACGAUCGCGCGCAUCGUCAUUGGUGUUCUAAUGGUCUUCGCGUGGAGAGAAGUCAUGAAGCCAGCUCUACUGAAGUCACUUCCGCCAAUUUUCCGGGUUGUAGAGAUGCUUGGGUUGAGCCUACCAAGGAGGUUCUUUGUACAGGCUUCAGAAUACCAACAGGUCCCAAAUCAGAAAGAUGACAAUGUUAUACCAGCGGUCUCUGAAAUUCCUUCACUGCUCACUUCUUUUCGUCAUCCUCGCAGGAGUCGCUCAGUAUCAGUGGGACCCCAAUCUGAAGCCGACGCCUACGAGACCCUAGCCUACCGCGACAAACGUCGCAGACAGAGCAAGUCAGAAAUGACCAUGGCAACGCCAAGGAUCGACGAGAAAAGCAGCUCGGAAGAAAACGGGCCUGGCUACUUUAGCAUCUCGACAUCACACAGGGUUUCGAGCAGACACCCAACAGCUGGCUUGCCAACACCAGCAACGUCCAAUCUGGACCUCUACAAGUCAAUGACUGAACCUGAGCAAGUUUUGUAUACGCCCUUGACCCCUGGGACUGCGUCAGGAGCUAGUAGUCGCCGGCCAAGCUCAGAAAGAAGACAAGAUGAGAGAGAAGAGCGUGAGAUGUUCUCAAAGCUUGAAAAGCCUAGAGUACGAUACGAUGUGGAGGUUAUCACCAAGCUUAUUGUCUACACUGGUAUUGCCUGGAUCGCUGUCGAAGGCGCUCCCAUUCUGUUUGAGACAAUCGGCCUCGGGCUUGUAUCUGGUCAGUUGCACGGUCCAGCUUUUGAGGGCCCAAUAUCACAAGCCGAGCCUCAGAAGCUCCGGAAUCCAGUAUCAAAGCUGGGCAAUUACCUUGUCCAUCCUCAACAGGGUCGAAGGCUAACCCUCUUGGCCGAGACUGGAUCGCUGAGGCGAAAUGUCUGGUUCUCUAUAUGCUUGGCAGAACAAGUCCUGCUGUCUAUCGGUACCGCAGCAGCACUGGGGUCUUCAUGGAUCAACGGCUGGAUCCGAAGCAUGCAAGGUAUUGAUUUCGAACGACUCGGCAGUCAUCGAAGUAGGAAUCCAACUGACAAUAGUUCAACAUCACGUAUCGCUCUCAUUGUUCCGAAAACACGCGUUCAGAAGAUCAAAGACGCCCUAGAAGCGCAUGGAAUUUUGGAUAAGACCGUCAAGAUCAGACCAGCUAGACUUGAGGAACAAAAAGCCUACUUCGAGGGGACUUCGAUCGAGCCUCCACUUGAUGUCUUUUUCAUUUCUACUAAGCUUUCCGUGGGCAUAGAGCGAGUCAACUCGGAUACUUUACCUGUAAAAUUGGACCUACUCCAGUCACUUGGGCUGGUGGAGAGUGAAGCAGACAUUGGCAUAAUUGACUUCAAGCAGAGUCAUGACAUUCGUGGCUUCCUCGAGUCUGGGAGAGUCUGUGAAGAUGGCUCGAGUUCUUAUCAACCAUCUGCGAGCGAAACAUCUUCCAUCAACCCUUUGGCUCGGACAAUAGACUACUGGCUUCAUCAGCUGCCUCGUGAGGAAGCCGAGCGGUCUUUCACCAGAGAUGCUGUACCGUCUUACAGCUGGACCUACAUGAUCUAUCCGCCUCUUCUCCUUCUCCCACCUACUGCUCUAUCGAACCUAUCGUCCAUCUUUGCCUCGAAAGGUCAAAGUAUUCCCAAAGAUUUUUCUUCUCUUUGGUGUCUUCUAUCCAGAGACUUCAAAACAUCGCAUAUCGCUUUAAAUGCUCCGAUACUUGCAAGUGUUUCAAAAGAAGCUUCGGCCCAAGGCGGAGGACACCCAGAGACGAAUAUUCUCCGCUCUCCCACAGGCCUAGCACCUUUAUACGGAGAAUUUGGGCCAGCUUUAUCGAUGAGUCAUGUCCCUACUAUCGCAGACUUCUCUUCGGCAUUCUGGUGCACAGCUCAACAGAACGGUAUCUUCCAGACUUGGGCUCCGCGUUAUACGAUGUUCUCUCGUGGCAACAUCUCGGAAAAAACACGCAUCCUAAGCCUCAAAACACUGACGGAAAAGCAAUUGGGAAGUCGGCCAGAGGAGACAAGUGCUGUGGAUCUCUAUGCAGGCAUUGGAUACUUCGCUUUUAGCUAUGCUAAGGCCGGGGUUGGCAAAGUGCUGUGCUGGGAGAUCAAUCCAUGGAGUGUUGAGGGGCUAAUGAGGGGAGCGCAGAGGAAUAGGUGGGCCGUUGAAGUCAUCACAGAUGGUCAAGCAUUUAACAAGACUAUCAACCAAGGAGAACGCUUAAUCGUCUUUCAAGAAAGCAAUGAGCACGCAGCGAGGAGAAUAGCUGCCAUGAAAGACAGCAUCCCUCCCGUCCGACAUGUCAAUUGCGGCCUCUUACCCUCUUCGAAAGACAGCUGGGAGGUAGCAGUGCAAGUGCUCGAUCCUACAGGAGGAUGGAUUCAUGCGCACGAGAAUAUCGCGAAAAAAGACAUAGAGGGCAGAACGGAAGAAGUUGUCUGCAUUUUCAAUCGACUAGUCAGGGACCACUGUGUGCAUGAGCCUGAAGAAAAGUGGAGCGUUCAAUGCGAACACGUCGAGCAAGUCAAGAGCUACGCUCCUGGUGUAAUGCACUACGUUCUGGAUAUAUCCAUCUCGCCUCCAGGAUGA